AUGCGCGUCACGGAAGACCAUUUCAACACGGGAGAGUGUGUCCCGUCCACGCGGGCGAGCUCAUCGAUGCACGCGGCACACCUGGAGGACAGGCACCAACGCUGCUGUGCGGUCUUCGACGAGGUGGACGAAGGCAGACAUUUUCAGCAGGGACUUUCUGGUCACCCAGCGCGCAAGGCUGCUGGCGGGGAACAAAGCGCGAAUUUUAUGCCGCCUACCCAGCAAUGCGGCGGUCAACAACAGCAUCACCAACAGCACACCUACUACCAUCCGCUUGCAGGUUCUUCCGAGAAGGGGGCGGGGGCUAGUGGAGGCUAUUGUGCUGCUACGUCCGCCGCCCAGGAUGCUGGAAGAGACUUUCCCGUUUUCCAGCGCUCUCGCAGCGGAUGGGACCAGACGUCGGGCGGGGUGUCGCACUCCAACGACCUUGGCAUGCCGCUGCGCAGGGCGCUGUCUCAAGGAGCAGGUCUCGACGAAGGAACCGUCCGUCCGAUGCCGAGAGGCAGCGCGUUUCUUGGCGGCCAGCAACAUGGAUGGGAGACCGUCGAGGAGAAACAGCAAGCCGACGGCGGUGGCGGCGGCGGCGGCGGGGGUCGCGGCGGGGUCGGGCGCUCUGCCCCCGGCUACUUUACUGCUCUCCGGAUGUCCUCUUCCACACAACGCCUGCAGCCGACCUUCAGCUCCCGCUCGGGCAGGACUGUGCACAGCACCUUCAGCCUGUCGUCCUCGGGAGAGGGGUACGACGACGUCUGCGAGCAGCAGCUGCGGGUCGCGCUGGGGACGAGGCCUUCGGUGUCGAACGUGACCGGCCUGGUGGUGCCGGCGCAAGACGUCGGCGGCACCGACCGCGCGGACGGCCUCGUGGUCCGAGAGGAAUCGCUGCUCUCCAAGAGCUCCCGCGCCCACCACGAGGCGGUGGCGUUCAUGAACGCCAGCGGGAGGUGGCAGGGGGCCGACCACGGCCGGAGCGACAGCAGCAGCAUCAGCACCGUCUCCGGCAGCAGCAGCAGCGGGAGCUUCGCUGUGGAGGGCUUCAACGGCCGCCUGGGGCAGCAGAACCAGCCGCUGCAGCCGCCGCAGCAGAACGAGACCGCCAACGGUGGCGGAGGCGGUGCCUUUAACGUGGCCCGGCGGGCGCCGGCUCCAUACCACGGCCAACGCCACCUCCACCACCACUACCACCACAAUCGGAUUGACCGCCGCCCGGCCGUCUCCACCGUCUCCGCUGGUAGGGAUGGUGGCGUUGGCCACGCGUUCGGCCGCCGCGUGGCUGCCAACAACAUGUCAAACAUGGAGCCGCUGCCCGCCACGGUCGGCAGUAAACACCGGCACAUCGACAACGGGGGGGGGGUCUCGGAGAGCGGGAGCUGCCCGACGCUUGGAAGGGCCGACAGUUUUUCUCUCUCCGCCGCCGACUAUACCUGCACCAAGAGCGGCAUCGACGAUGGAAACCCCAUGGCGGCGGCGGCGGCGGCGGCGAUGCAUUCGAGGUCUCCGGCGUUCGGACCCUCGUCGUCGACGGUACUGCAGCCGCCCAACAACCCGCUGGAGUGGUUGCAAAACUUCAACCUCCGCCAGUCAAGGAAGGGGAGCGGUAGCGACGGAAACGACGAAGGCACCAACACGCCGCGCACGUCUCGCUCGAGCUCGGCGUCGUCCUCCCCCCCUUGCCUAGGCAGCCGCGGCGGCUCCGCGCUGGCGGUACCGCGGGCGGGCUCGGCGGCGGCGGCGGCGGCGGCGGGAGCGUGCCCGGCCGCGGACUGUCCGGCGAACGGCGAUUGCCUGCCUGGCACCACCCCGGACACGCUGGUGUACGAAGUGAGGUUCAAGCGGGCCACCAGGACGUUCCUGUCGGAGGAGAACCUCGACCCCAGGAGUAUCUCGUGCGGCACCGUCGUGAAGGUGGAGGCCGACCGCGGGGAGGACCUAGGCACCGUCCACCGCAGCCUGCCGCUGUCGGAGUACCUGAACGCCUUGCGGGAGGAAAAGAUGGCGAAGGCCGCCAAGAUUGCCGAGAACGGCGGCGGAGGGGGCAGCGGCGGGGAAGGCUCGGAGAGCAAGAAGAAGCGGGGCAAGGCCAAGAAGGCUGAGGCGGACGGGGAACGAAACGGCCUCAAGCAGCAGCAGCAACAACAGCAGCAGCAGAGGAAAAAAGAAGAAGAGGCUCAGCAGGAGGCAUGCCCCGUGAAGGCCAUCAAGAGGAUUCUGCGCCCGGCCAACACGGAGGAGCUCCAGCAGCUACGCGAGAAGAGUCAAGAAGAGGCUAACAUUCUUCGCGUCUGCCAGAACAAGGUCCGUCACCGCAACCUGCCCAUGAAGAUCGUCGAUGCAGAGUACCAGUUCGACAUGAACAAGCUCACUCUGUUUUUCGAGGCCGAGAGGCGCAUCGAUUUUCGUGAGCUGGUUCGCGACUUGUUCGCUGUUUACAAGACGAGAAUCUGGAUGCAGCAGGUCAAGGACAAAGACACGGCUGCUACGCAGCCCACGGCUCCCGCUGCAGCAUCUGCUUCCAACAACAGCACUGCUACUCCCACUGCCUGCCCCGAAGACAGCAACGGCAGCGUCCGCGGCUACCAGGGCCGGGAGGCGGCGCCUCAACCCGUCCUCCUCCGCACCGGCGACCCCCCCUCCAUGGCCCUUGAACCCGCGCUUGAUACGGAACACGACUCCGGCUACGGGAGCGGGAGCAGCAGCAGCGGUGGCAGUGGCAUCUCGGAGAGCGAUGUCAGCAUUUCUCCUCCAGUGUCAUGGCCGGCACAGAGAGUCGCUGGCGGCGGCGGCGACGCCGGCAAGGCUGCUAGCGGCAGUGGGCCGGCCGCCAGGGUGGACGCGAAGAUGCAGCCGGAGCAGCAGCAGCAGCCGGAGCUGACGUCCAUGUACCCAGACCUGUUGCUGGGCUUGGACGAAAUCACCAUCACGAACAACACCAACGGGCACCGCCACCACGACCACAACUCCAACCACCAGCAGUACCAGCAGCAGCAGCAGCAGCAGCAGGAACCGGCGUCGAAGCCAUCCUACACGGACCUGCUCGAGGGCUUCGAUGUCGGCGGAAUCGCUUUAUCUGCGGACGCGAAAAGUCACCAGCACCCCUUGCAGUACGACCAGCACCCGGCCGCAUCCUCGCACCCGGACUUUCUUGAUGGCUUCGACUUCACGUCCUUCUUCUAA